AUGUCUACAAUGCUGGAGGAGCUGCAGCAAAUGACCAACGCCCAAUUGUGCAUCAUGUGCCAUGACUAUCACAUCACACCUGGCCACAUAACCAGCCAGAGUCGUCGGGAACUGGAACGGAGAUUACUGCUGGCCAUAAUUGCGGAGCGAGCCAAGCAGCGAGCCAAGGAGCAGAGUCGACGCGAACAGGCCCUGCGGGAACAUUAUGAAGUCUGCAAGAAGCCAAAUAAUAUUAACAACACUGCGCCCAGGCGUGUGCUCGAACAGGUGGCCAGAAAUACGGGAAAUCUCGCUCCUCUGCCCGCCCCCAAUGCUGUGGCUCGGCGCGGCAUUCUGCGCAAUGCCACACGCCAUGCCUGCACCAUGACCACGCCCUCGGUACUGCAGACGAGCCACAUACGUCGCCCCACGCCCUAUCCCUUGCCCACCCACCAAUACCAACGCAGCCGCCCACACCCCACACCUCAGUGCUCGGAGACCUCGACGGCCACAACAAUAGCCUCCAUAAGCAGUCGCCUGCCCAUGCAGCUGUGGCGGUAUCAAGCCGCCCGCGGCUUGGGCGCCCACACACUGCCUCUCAAGCGGACGAUCCGCAUUGAGGAGCGACGCGGCGGAGAGCGCCGGACCGCUGGUGCCGAAUGGCAACGGCAAAGCGAGGAGGAAUGCGAACAGUAUGAUCAGCAGGAUGAGGAAUACAAUCAUUAUCAGCUAUAUGCUCAGCAGUGGCGUGAAUAUGCUCAUCGCCAGUCGCACUUCUGGGACCAACUACCCAUCGCAGAUAAUAGGGAGCAUACGCAACAUGCUCCAGAGAUGGAGGAGAGCGACUUUCGAAACAACUAUGGCUCCUUUUCAAGCUGCAGCAGCAGUGUCAGCCUGCUUAGCCGCCUGACACAGAAUAGCCAGAGCCUUGAAAACUAUUUGAUGAGCGCCUCACGCCUAGCCUGUCUAUCGAAAUCAGCGGCAUCAAUGAAUCAGGCAUUUCAGUUCAAAUGCGAUGACAAUACAUCGCAAUCGGAGCACGAGUUGCGCACCCUGAACUAUUUGUCGGCCGAGGAGCAACUGCAGCUGCUGGCAGAGAAGCGGGCCUAUCUGGAGGAUAAGGAAGUGCUGGAGAUAAUGCGCCGCAGAGAUCAGCUUGAGGACAGCGAUGAUGGAUUUGAAAUUGAUUGGUUCGUUUCGGAGGAGCGGCAACGGCAUGAACCCAGCUUCUGGCGCUAUAUGUUUCAACUGAUCUGUUGCAAUCGCUAUGGCAAGCUCGAUGCUGAGAAAAUUCGAUGCACCAUUCUGUGUUGCGGCAUGGCGGUAUGCGUGUUUAUGGUCUACAAAGCCAUGCAUUGA